AUGAAAAGCGCGCCGCUACCCGCUCUUGUUAAGCUCAUCUCGAAUGUACCAAAAUUAGGCGUGUUGCGGGUAAGGUCCGGGUGCGGCGUGCCUCGACGACCUUACAAACAGGUGAGGAGAAGAGGCUACACAGAACAUGAUACUAAGUCUCGUGUCGGGCGGGCGGGCGCUACGGGUGCAGUUCUAGUUCGUCCGCCCGCCGCUAGAUGGAGCGUGUGUGCGCGUGUGUGCGCCGCGCCGCACACCGCCUUGCGCUGCCACUCCGCGCUCGACCGCGCUGCCGACCGCGCGCUUCUCACAGCCGCUUAUACGCGAACGCAGCUGGCUCGCGCUGUCCCAGAGUCAGCGCUGUCAGAGUCGCCUGGAGUGUGA